CUGGAAGCGGGAAACCGGGGUGGUGCUGGGGAGACGGCGCGGAGCCGGGAGCCCUCGCCCCGAGCCCCCCGGGGUGGGGGACAGGGCUGCGUCAUGUUCACGCUCCAGGUGGGACGGUGACAGCUUCUGAAGAGGUGUUUGAGCGCAGACCAUCAUGGCCGGAAGACCCAUCCGCAUAGGAGACCAGCUGGUUCUGGAGGAAGAUUAUGAUGAGACCUACGUCCCCAGUGAGGAAGACAUUGUUGAAUUUGCCCAAAAGAUAGGUAUCGAUCCCACCAAGGAGCCGGAGCUGAUGUGGCUGGCGCGGGAGGGCAUCGUGGCCCCGCUGCCCGUGCAGUGGAAACCCUGCCAGGACAUCACAGGCGACAUCUACUACUUCAACUUCGCCAACGGGCAGUCCAUGUGGGACCACCCGUGUGACGAGCACUACCGGAACUUGGUGACCCAAGAGCGAGGGAAGCUGGCAGCUUCUGGGGCUAUGAAGAAGAAGCACAAGAAGAAGAAAAAGGAAAAGAAAGACAAGAAGGACAAAGAGACCCCCAGAAGCGCCAUGGAACCACAGCCCGAGCAGGGACUUCUGCCUCCUCCCUCCUUUCUCCGUGGCCCACCCCCUCUCCCAGCACCUGGGCUUGCUGAUCUGGACCCAGACCAAGGCACACAGGCUAGAACUGAGGGCCCCUUUAAGACAGGGCAGAGUCCGUGCUUGCCUGGCGACAGCCCCUGGCCGCUCCAGGGCAGCCUGCCCCGGAGGCUGCAGCCUCUCUCCAAGGGCCAAGCUGCCCGGCCCCCCCAGCUCUUUGCCGACGUGGAGCAAAUCCUAGGCAGGGCCCCAGUCUUGUGCAGGACAGAAGGAGGCGAUCAGCAGGGUCUGGAGAAACCCCAGAAGCUGACUGAGGAAAUCCACCUGGGGCUCUCAGACCCUGAACUAGAAGAGCCAGAGGUGAGGCCCAGACGGCAGGCCCUCGGCACGCUGGGCGCGGAGGACAGCAGGCCCCCCUGGCACGGGCAGGCUGUGUUAGAAAGUGGGAGCCAGGCCUCUGUCCACACAGAGCUUCCUGAGACCGUCCCGGGCCCCCAGCCGGACGGGGAGCAGCACAGCCGCAGCAGGGCCCGCCUGCACUCCACUGGCCCCGCGGGGGACCAGGGCCCGAGCCCCACGCCCUCACCGCCCCCAGAGGAGGGCCCUUGCCUGUCCUCUUGCUCCUCUGACCAGAUGCUGCCUACCAGGGACAACGAGGGCCUGAGCUGGCGGGGUGUUUCCAGGACAGGUGGGGGUGUGGGCUGCGGAAGGAGGAGGACAGAGCCUGCAGGACUGUGGAUGGGGCAGGUCUCUCGGCCUGUCAGCAAGGACAGCCAUGGGAGCUACAGAGAAACAGAGCCGGGUCCUGAGGGCCCAGGGGCCUCCGCGGAAGGGCGGCUCCAGGCCCUCUCCUCGAUACCAACUGACCCUCUGGCACCUGAGCCCGCCCAGAAGCCUUCAGGGAGUGCUCCCGGGGCACCUCCUGCCCGUGGGGAGAGACAGCUCGCAGCAGUGUGUGCAGAGCCCCCCGAGGAGGCCGGGGAGGCCGGGGGGGCCGAGGGGCACGGGCCUCACUUGGAGAGCUGCUCCAGCAGCAGCAGUCUGGCUUCUCACCUGGGCUCUCAGAUCGUGGGGGAGGUGAAUAACUUCCCAUGGGACCUGCAGAGCUCGCAGGGGUCCGGGUGGGGUGCGGGUCAGCCAGGCCCUGGACCCAGAGGUCUGCACUCUGGCCCCUUACUCGUGCCCCAGCUGUUUCACUUGCAGAGCUCUGCCGAGGAGGAGUCAGAGAGCGACUACUCUGAGGACCAGAGGUUCUACCGGCACAUCCUGGGGAUGGCCAACAUGUCCAGGCAGCUGGAGAACCUGGGGCUGCUUGAGAGCGUGCAGGAAAUGCCGUGCGGAAACCUCAGCGGCAUGGUCUGCCGCCUGGCGGCCAGCAUGACUGGUGGGGGUGACCACGCGGCCGUCAGAGCCGUGGAGAUGGACCCGAGGUUUCUGGCUUGGGGACUGGAGCUGCCGGAGCACCCUCAGGAGGCGGCCCUGGCUGGGCAGGAGGCCUCUCAGCACGCCUGCGUGCAGCCGAGCAGCGGCCCUCCCAGGCAGGGGCUGGGCGAGCCAAGUUCCAGCGGAGGGCUCGCUGGAGAGCCGGGCAGGACGCAGCCUCGCAGCCAGGCCCUGGGCUGCUCGUUGGCCCCCGUCCAUGCUCCUCCGGGGGGCCUGGCUCCCCUGCGCGGCUUGGUUGAGGCCCCGCCCUCGGCGCUCCGUGUGUCGCAGAGUGUGAGCUUGGGGAGCUCCGUGGAGUCCGGUCAGCUUGGAGAACUCACGCUGCCUUCACAGGGCCCCAAGGCUUCUGCUCACACGGAGGGUCUCUUGGGCCCCCUCCAUGAGGACAGCAAUGUGGUCAGCCUCUCGGCUGCGGGGGAGGGGACCAUCGAGGAGGGCGAGGCGGACAGUGACAACCAGAGUGUCCGCAGCUCAAGUGAGCUGCUCAAGAACCUGCACCUGGACAUUGGGACGCUGGGGGGCGACUUCGAGCACGAGGCCCCGAGGGCGGAGGGAGAAGACAGGGACGACGGCCAGUCCAGCCAGGAUGAGCUGCAGAGCGAGCAGACCCGGGGCUCCGAGAGGUCAUCUUCACUCUCACAUGGGGCGCGGCUCGGGGGCCCCUUUCCCAGCCAGACCACCGGCAAAGGGCCUCUGCAGGCGCGGGAGGGGCAGCCUGCGUGGAGUGGGGCGGAGGAGCCCGGGGAGGCCUCCGCAGACCCAGACCGCCGCAUCCUGCAUGGCUCCCUGCAGAGGGCCGAGGUCCCCAGCCCGCCUGCCGCCUGCUGGAGGGACAAGGAGCAGAGCCCCCAGGCCGAGGAGCCCGAGGGGCCCGAGGAGCCCGAGGGGAAGGUGCUGGUCAGCGCCCCCCUUACCGUCACGCCCCAUGGGCCAUCUCCAGAGGGUGUGGCCCCCCCAAAGCAGCUGUCAGAGGCCGCCCGGGAGGCCGCGGAAGAGGCCGUGGCCCGGGAACUGGAGCACGACAAGAGGCAGCUCCUGGAGCUGAAGAGCGAGGAGAUGCAGCAGCUGCGGGAGAAGCUGCGGCAGGAGGAGGAGGCCGAGGUCCUGCAGCUUCACCAGCAGAAGGACCAGUCUCUGAGCCUCCUGAAGGAGCAGCUACAGAGAGCCACGGAGGAGGAGGGCACUCGGAUGAGAGAGGAGGAGAGCCGGAGGCUGGCCCGGCUCCGGGCCCAAGUCCGAUCCAGCACAGAGGCAGAGGAGGAGCGCAUCAGGGCCGAGCACAGGGCCUCCCUGCAGAGGCUGAGAGAGGAGCUGGAGGCCCUGCAGGAGGCCGAGAGGGCCAGCCUGGAACAGCGAAGCCAGCUCGCGCUGGAGCAGCUCCGAGGAGAGAUGGAGGCGCUGGAGCGGAGCCAGCGGGCGGCCCUGAGCGCCCAGAAGGAGAGGGCCCUGCAGCAGCUGAGGGAGCAGCUGGACCGGGAGAGGGAGGAGGCCGCGGCAGCGCUGGAGCGGGAGCGGGAGCGCGGGGUGGAGCUGGAGUCGCUCUCGCCCUCCCUGGGGGCCCAGAGCACAGAGGUGGUCCGCAGCCUCCAGAAGCUGGAGGACGCCGGGCAGAAGCAGGAGACCCCGCCGCAGGAGUGGAGGGCACAGCUGGGCGCUUGCCAGGCGCUGCAGUUCAAGCAGGAGCAGCUCACCGGCCUCCUGACAGAGAAGCGGCAGGAGGUGGAGAGGGAGCACGGGCGGAGGAUGGACGCGAUGAGGGAGGAGCACCGGCGCGUGGUGGCCGAGGCCAGGGAGCUCUAUGAAGCCGAGGAGAGGAAGCAGCGCGCCGGGCUGCUGGAGCACCUGACCGGAGAGCUGGAGCGGCUGCGCGGGGCUCACGAGCGAGAGCUGGAGGCCAUGAGGCGGGAGCAGGGCCGGCAGCUGGAGGCCCUGGGGCUUCGGCACCGGGCGCAGGAGAGGAAGCUGCAGGAUUUGGAGGUGGAGCUGGAAACCCGAGUCAGAGACGUCAAGGCCAGAUUGGCUCAGCUGGACGUUCAAGAAGUCACAGCGACCCAGCGGCACUUGGAGGAGGCAAAGGAGGAGCACAGCCGCCUGCUGGAGUCAAACCGGCAGCUCCGGAGAGUUCUCGGGGAGCUCCAGGCCCGCAAGGCGGAGCUGGAGUCCCAGGUGGACCUGCUGCGGGCGCAGAUGGAGAGAAUGCAGAAACACGUCCGUGACCUGGAGGCCGAGGCUCAGAGGACGAGAGCCACCUUGAAGGAGCAGGCGGCUGAGGAGGGCGGUGCCUCCUGCUUCCAGCCUGACCUGCACAUCGAGGACCUGAGGACAUCGCCUGUGCCCACCCAGACCGCAGAGGGGCCCUGUCCUCUCCCCGAGAGCAAGGCGGAGGCUGACUCGUCCCUGCACAGCUUCCGGCACUACCUCUCCGCGGAGGGGGCAGCGCUCCGCAGUGCCAAGGCGUUCCUGGUGCGGCAGACACGCUCCAUGCGCAGGCGCCGGACGGUGCUGAAGGUCGCCCAGCAGCGCUGGUGUCGCGAGCUGGCCGGGGCCCCGGAGGCCCUGGAAGACGUGCGAAAGGACCUGGAGGAGGAGACCCGGCGCCUGGACGAGAUGAAGUCGGCCGUGGAGAAGGGCCGGGACUUGCUGCAGGAGAAGGAGGAGAAGCUGGGCCAGCUGGAGGCCUCCCUCCAGGACGAGGCUUCUGAUGGGGACAUCAUGAGAGAAGCUCCCGCCAAGAAAGUGGUGACCUUCGACCUCAGCGACACAGAGGACACUCUCAGUGGGAGUUCCGAGUCCUUCCCCCUGCCUCACUUCAGCCCGGCUGCGAGCCCCGCCCUCCCGGGCAGGAUCCAGUACCUGAGCCACGCCCUGCAUCAGGUCAGCAGCCAGCUCAGCAGCGUCCUGGGCGUGCUCGGGGGCCUGCCCUCCCCGCCCCUCACCUCCACCCCCACACUGGGCCCGCCCCCCUCCUUCCAGAGGGCUCCCGGUCCCUCCCACCCCUCCCUGGCCUCGGCCUCCCGCUGGGCCUGGGCCCCGGGGCUGGGCCCCGGGCUCUCCUCCUCGCCGGCGGCUCAGACGGUGGACGACUUCCUGCGGGAGAAGUGGCUCAAGUAUUUCCCAGCUGGAGCUCCGGUCCUCAGCGGCGGCCCCGGCCCCGGCCCCGGCGCGAGCAGGCUGGGCUACGUGUCUGCCAGAGAGCAGCUCCGCCUCCUGCAGCGCCCCCACUCCCACAUGCCCGAGGGGGGCAGCGCCAGCUUGCAGGGCAUGGUCGAGGCCAACUGGAGGUGGCUGGAGCAGUACAAGAAUGACCCCAAGUUAUAUCCUUUCAGUUAG